UCUUCUCCGUUAGGGUUUUUUUCCUUCCUUUGUCUUUUCAUUUCAAUUACAUCCUUUCCACCACCCUUCUGCUUUCUUGAUAUCAAAAUAAUAUUUUAGUUCACUGUUUUUCCUUUCUACCAAUAAACUUUUCUCUCUCUCUCUCUCUCUCUCUCUCUAAAUCAUUGGUCUUUCAUUUGCAAACGUGACUGUGGAUUCUGCGCAGUGAAAUUUACUUGUUAGGCCCUUGCAGUAAAGAGUUCAGAAUACUAAAGGCCAUGGCUACGAGGAAAGUUAUUGCUAUAUGUCAAUCGGGAGGUGAGUUUGUGACAGAUAAGGAUGGAUUAUUGUCAUACAGUGGAGGAGAUGCGUAUGCAAUAGACAUUGAUCAACAGACGAAUUUAAGUGAUUUUAAGUCAGAGAUAGCAGAAAUGUUCAACUGCAAUAUAAGUACGAUGAUUAUCAAGUACUUUCUUCCUGGCAACAAGAAAACACUUAUUACAGUGUCUAAAGACAAGGAUUUGCAACGCAUGGUCAGUUUCCUUGGGGAUGUUAACACGGUUGAUGUGUUUAUUAUGUCAGAGGAAGGAGCUGCUCGAAAUAACAAUUCCAACAUGCCUGGUAGUAGGUCAAGCAGGACAACUGUGUCGGAAGCCGUUGUUCCUGUCGUUGCUCCUAUUGAUGUCAUUGCUGAUGCUGUCCAAUGCAUUGAUCAAGUAGAGGUUGAUGUAGCUAAUGAUGUCUCUGCACGUUCUAUUUGUUCCGGGGGUAAUGAUGACAGUCAUCGUAAAGCUGCACAGCAGUGGGAAAAUACCAUCACUGGUGUGGGCCAAAGGUUCAAUAGUUUUAGUGAAUUUCGUGAAGCAUUGCAUAAAUACUCUAUUGCUCACGGGUUUGCUUACAAAUAUAAGAAAAAUGAUAGUCAUCGUGUCACCGUGAAAUGUAAAUGUCAAGGCUGUCCUUGGAGAAUAUAUGCAUCUAGGUUGUCUACCACACAGUUGAUUUGCAUUAAGAAAAUGCACUACAAUCAUACUUGUGAAGGAUCUGCCGUUAAAGCUGGGUAUCGAGCAACUAGGGGUUGGGUGGGAAGUAUUAUAAAAGAGAAAUUGAAAGAUUCACCCAAUUACAAGCCAAAGGAUAUUGCUGAUGACAUAAAGCGGGAAUAUGGGAUUCAGUUAAAUUAUUCUCAAGCGUGGCGUGCAAAAGAAAUUGCUAGAGAGCAGCUUCAAGGCUCCUAUAAAGAGGCUUAUACGCAGUUGCCAUUUUUCUGUGAGAAGAUAAAAGAGACCAAUCCAGGGAGUUUUGCAACAUUCACAACUAAGGAGGACUCAAGUUUCCAUCGUCUCUUUGUAGCAUUUCAUGCCUCAAUAUCUGGUUUUCAGCUAGGUUGUCGCCCUCUCGUUUUCCUUGACAGAACUCCUUUAAACUCAAAGUACCAAGGGGAAUUAUUGGCUGCAACUGCUGUGGAUGGAAAUGAUGGCAUUUUUCCUGUAGCCUUUGCAGUUGUAGACACCGAGACUGAAGACAAUUGGUGCUGGUUUCUGCAGGAACUGAAAUUAGCUAUAUCAACAUCUGAGCAGAUCACAUUUGUUGCAGAUUUUCAAAAUGGCCUAAAAAGUUCAUUGUCUAACAUAUUUGAAAAAUGCUACCAUAGCUAUUGUUUACGUCACCUUGCUGAGAAAUUGAACAAGGACUUGAAGGGACAAUUUUCUCAUGAGGCCAGACGGUUCAUGAUUAAUGAUUUUUACGCUGCUGCUUAUGCCCCCAAAUUGGAUACUUUUGAACGUAGUAUUGAGAACAUUAAAGGUAUUUCUCCGGAGGCCUAUGAUUGGGUGAUCCAAAGUGAGCCAGACCACUGGGCAAAUGCAUUCUUUAAUGGAGCAAGGUAUAAUCUCCUUUCAUCAAAUUUUGGACAGCAGUUCUACAGUUGGGUGUCAGAGGCACAUGAGUUGCCAAUUACUCAAAUGAUUGAUGCAUUACGAGGUAAGAUGAUGGAAACAAUUUAUGCACGACGUGUAGAAUCUAAUCAAUGGAUUACAAAGUUGACACCAUCCAAGGAGGACUUGCUACAAAAGGAAACAUUAGUUGCUCGUUCACUUCAAGUAUUGUUCUCAGAAGGUAGCACAUUUGAGGUCCGUGGAGAAUCUGUUGAUAUUGUUGAUAUUGAUAACUGGGAUUGCAGCUGCAAGGGGUGGCAACUUACUGGUGUCCCAUGCUGUCAUGCCAUUGCUGUCUUUGAAUGUGUUGGUAGGAGUCCAUAUGAUUAUUGUUCAAGAUACUUCACAGUUGAGAAUUAUCAAUUAACAUACGCAGAGUCUAUUCACCCUGUGCCAAAUGUUGACAGACCACCUCCACCUGUACAGGGUGAAUCCGCUGCUUUAGUUAUGGUAACCCCUCCACCAACUAAGCGCCCUCCAGGUCGGCCAAAAAUAAAGCAAGUUGAAUCAAUAGACAUAAUUAAACGUCAGCUUCAGUGUAGUAAAUGCAAGGGACUUGGCCAUAAUAGGAAGACGUGCAAGGUUUCAUAGUAUCACGAUUCACAACGUAGGAAUCUUUAAUCAUAUUGGAUAUCUGUGAGCUAUUUCCAACAACAGUAGAAAUUGAGAUAGUAAGAUACAUUGUAGUGGCUGCAUGGGAUUUGGUUUGAAUCUCCUAAAUUCCUUUGCUGAGUAUAUAGAGAUUGUCAAUUUGUCAUAUUAGUCAGUUUUUCUAUUGUUUUCUCCUGUCCAAUGUUAUCUUCGAGGGAACAAAUUGGUUGGUCAUGAGAAGUAAAUAUAAUUUUGUAUACUAUUUAGAUAGAACAGAAACCAAGAGUUCCAUGGUAGGCUUUCUUUCCUUGUUACUAUUUUCUGUUUAUUUGAUUUUAUUUAUUUAGUAGAACCUAGUUCUGGGCUGAAGGUAUGCACUGAGAAGUUAACCUUGGCUUGUGUUUUUCUCAUAGAGCCAUCUUCAUGACGGGUAGAAGACAUGUACUUGUAGAGAUAUAUGUUGCAUACAAUACAAGUCUGCAAGAGUGCUCAUAUGAAGUGUCUUUUGCAGGUCUUACUGAAUGCCAAAUUUAUAAUCACGGUUGUUCUUAAUGAUUUUUUGAGGUGUAUUCCUAAAAUUUUCUGUCCCUUUCUCUGGGAAAAUUAAUUAAACUGAUGUAGAUUUAAGUUCAGCCCAAUAUAUUUAUAUAUAUACACUCAUCCAAUUCCCCAGGCCCUCGUGGUUGUAACUGAUUGAGCAAAUUUUAGUAGCAGAAUUGAUUUUGAUGGAUUCUAGUAAACUUGUAUUUACCGUGCUUAAGUUUGUGUGCUGAUGUAAAUAUUGACAGGAACAGAGAAGGUAAGGUACAUGUAAAUCAAUUUUAAUAUUCAGUAAUUGUAUAUAAAAGACUAGAGUCUUUGUUUACAUGUGUGUAAUUUUAAAAAAAAAAAAAAUCUGGGGAGUUUAAGGCCAGGCUACGAUAUAUGUUACAGUGUUUGUUCUUGCACUCUGAGGAUUUGAUUUUGACGUUCGGAGUUUCAAAAUUAUCUUUCAGUUGAUAAGUAGAAGAUAUUUAAAAUAGUUUUUGUUUUUCUAACGUCCCAUCUUCUUCAGCAUUGGUGUUGAAAAAUAAGUUUGAACAAUGAGCAUAUUUCAUAUUGCUUAGAUUAUAUGAAUGUUUGAGUAUAAGCAGGUAUAGUUAACAUCAGAUGCU